GCAACGAAAAGAAGAACAUCUUGAAUCCACGUCGAUACCCGCUCAAUGGGUGCGCAUUACGCCAUCAUCGUUUUCCAAAGCUUAAAAGUAAACUCCAAAUUUCAAUUUUCUUGUACCACACGCUGUAAAUAUUGUACCUUCAUCUGCCUCUAGAACUUUCCGCUCUGGAAACACCACGAGCUUAUAUAUUACACACAGAGGCGGUAUUCUCCAUUGUUAAACCUUUGUUUUCUUCUGUUCAACUGUUUCAUAACUCAUUUCGUGUGUGUCCGAAUUAUAAACCGUUUUGAUCUUCGUUUUCAUCGAUCGAAGCGUUUGAAACUUGUGAAUAUGUGAUCGUUUGAUUGAUUUCCGAGUGAAUUUAGGUUUAAUCGUUUCAUUUCUUGUCCGUACGAAUUUAACCGUUUUGAUCUUCGUUUUUAUCGAUCGAUGCGUGUGAAACUGUGAUCAUUCGUUCGAUUUACGAGUGAAUUUAGAUGUACUUUAGAGGUUUAAUCGUUUCAUUUCGUGUCCGUACGGACUGUGACCGUUUUGAUCUUCGUUUUCAUCGGUCGAUGCGUGUAAACCUGUGAAUAUGUGAUCGUUCGGUUGAUUUACGAGUGUUUGGAAGUAAUCGAUAGGUUUAAAUGUUUAGUUGUUGUUAUUACGAGUGAAUAUGUGUUGUGAACGGUUUUGAGGUGUUGUGGUGACGUAAUGGUGAUGCGAGGAGGAGAAACGGAGAGUUGUUGCAGUAGCAGAGCGUCGGAGGCGUCGCCGGCGGCGGCGGUGGCGAGUCGGAAACGGAGGCCGAAGGUGGAGGUUUAUCAGGAGGUGCUUCGUCGGCUUCGAGAGUCGAAUUGUGAAGAGGCGUGUAAACCUAGUUUUGAAGAUGAGCUGUGGUCUCAUUUCAGUCGUCUUCCUGUUCGAUAUGCAUUGGAUGUGAAUGUCGAGAGGGCGCAUGAUGUCCUUAUGCAUAAAAACUUAUUACACAUGGCACAUGACCCGAAUACUAGACCAGCAUUCGAAGCCCGCCUCAUUCAGCUUCAUUCUAGUGCUGAUGAAAAUGGCGUUGAAUCUACUUCAAGCUAUACAAGGAUGAAAGAUGCUCAAAUUUCUAUCCAUCCAUGCAGGCAGAGCCCUCAUCCACCACCUGCAUUUGGUUUAUCAUCAAAAUUUGAAAUUUCUUUUGACGCUGGUAAAUCAAAUUUGCAAGGUGGCGACAAAGUUAUGAGUGCCAACCAGCACUUAUUUCGGCCUUUGCACGAAAUAACAAUUUCAACAAAUGACAAGCCUAAACUUCUAUGUAAGUUGACUUCAUUGCUCUCUGAGAUUGGCCUAAAUAUUCAAGAAGCUCAUGCGUUUUCAACAACCGAUGGCUACUCGUUAGAUGUCUUUGUUGUUAGCGGUUGGCCAUACGAGGAAACAGAGAAAUUGAGAGAUUUAUUGGCAAUGGAAAUACCAAGGGUUGAGGAGAUACCUUGGUCAAAAAAUCCACAAGCGUUGCCUUCUAACGAGAUGGAAACAAAAAAAAUUCAAGAAAUUGUUCAGCUGCCUGUGGAUGGGGCUGAUGUGUGGGAAAUUGAUGUUAAGUUGUUGACGUUUGAAUAUAGAAUUGGUGGUGGAUCAUACAAUGAUUUGUAUAAAGGUACAUUUUGCACUCAAGAUGUGGCCAUCAAAGCUCUCAAGGAUGAGUAUUUAUAUGAAAACGUGCAGAAAGAAUUCGCUCAAGAAGUCUAUAUAAUGAGGAAAAUCCGGCACAAAAACAUUGUGCAAUUUAUAGGUGCAUGUACAAGACCUCCAAAACUUUGUAUUGUUACCGAAUUUAUGGCAGGCGGGAGUCUGUACGAUUUCCUACAUAAUCAAAGUGGUCAUUUUGAUGUCCCAACAAUACUCAAAAUAGCAAGUCACAUUUCGAAAGGAAUGAAUUACUUGCACCAAAAUAAUAUAAUCCACAGGGAUCUCAAGAGUGCCAACCUUUUGAUGGAUGAAAAUGGAAUUGUCAAGGUUUCUGAUUUUGGUGUUGCUAGAGUGCAAAACGAGUCUGGUAUUAUGACUGCAGAAACUGGAACUUACCGGUGGAUGGCUCCAGAGGUUAUUGAACAUAAACCUUACAGUCACAAGGCAGAUGUCUUCAGUUUUGGCAUUGUUGUGUGGGAGCUGUUAACAAAGAAGCUUCCUUAUGCUAACUUGACUCCACUUCAGGCAGCAAUAGGAGUGGUCCAAAAGGGUCUAAGGCCAGUAAUUCCAAAGCAUACUCAUCCAGAGAUUGUGGGACUACUUGAGCGAUGUUGGCAGCAAGAUCCGUCUUCGCGGCCAGAAUUUUCUGAGAUAAUAUCAAUUCUACUGCAUUGUUCUAAGAUGGUAGUGGAAGAGAAAAGAUCUACCAAAAAAAAGAAAUAGUUUGGGAAGUGUCUUUUGACCAGAUGGUGUAUGAUAACCAUGUUCCACGUCAGCGUGUAAGUUUUCGGAGUAACAAUACUGUAGGUAACAUCCCGGCCCUAGAUUUCUUGGUAUGAAUAAUUUGACGUGUUAGUUGUAAAUAUCUGUUUCUUGCGAGAUCUCUUAUCAUCGUGGAAAAUGCAACAUAAAAAACACAGCCAAUUCGAACACAGAGUGAAUUUGAGUAGCUCGUAAGAGAGGUUUUUGUGAUCUUUGUUUAGUCUGAUGUAUAAAGGUAUAAGCAGCAAGUAUUGACAUAUGUUUUGUAUUUAUUAUAUAUAUCAUGUGCGGUAAGUUUGUUGGUAACGAUAUUUUUAAAUCGUAGUGUCCAUGUGACAAUAUUUUACUUCUGUAACCAUGAAA